AUGCGACGCGGUGUCGGCCCAGAGCAGGAGAAGGCACAGGGGUGUUUAGUCAACGACGACACAGAAGCAGAACAAACAUCUGGAAAUUAUGAAGUCAGUCGUGGUGAUAUUAUGUACACCGCGCCGUCAACAAGUCGAAGUAGCAGACGACAAUCUACAGUAAAUUACAGAAUUAGUGAGUCUUCAAAUGAAGAGCCAUUUUCACCACCGGUAUCUGAAUAUUUACCAAGUUCGAGUCCUAGUCCGAUAGCAGACUUAGGCAAUACUUUACCAUCUGCAAUAUUGAAUGACUUCGAUUUUAGUUUGAGAGAUUGCUUAGGAAAUUACAUAGAAGGAGUUAAUCCUUUGCCGAAUGAUGCCGAUCUUGAACCCGUAUCCACGUUCUGGUAUAAUGCACCACUUCCUGAAAAGAGCAUAACUGCCGCAGAACCUGAAACAGAACCUACAUUUACUAGCCCUACAAGAACUCUGCUGACUCUUGAAAGUACUACGGUCAUGCUUCGUAAAGCAGAGCCUGCAUCCAUAGCAUGUCGCGACGAAUUUCCGUUAGUUGAACAUAAUACUGCCGCAGAACCUGAAAAAGAACUUACAUCUACAAGUCUUGCAAAAACUCCACAGACUCUUGAAAAUACCCCGGCUAUACUACCUGAAGCAGAACCUACAUCCAUAACAUGUUAUAACGACGAAACUCUUCCAGUUGGACAUAAUACUCUCACAGAACCUAUAUCUACAAGCCCUGAUAGAACUCCACCGGUCUCUUCAAUUGCCACAGCUAUAGUUCCUCACUCAGACCCUCCAAUCAUAGCCUGCCACGUUGAAACUCUACCAGCUGGAUAUAAUUCCACCACAGAACCUGAAGCAACGAAUUCUCGUCCAGUGUUAGUAACUGAAGCUAAUACAAAUCCUAGAAAAAGAAAGCGUAAUCCCGAAAAAUGGUCUCAAACACAAAAAAAAAUCAAAUUAAAUACAGGUCAACAGCCUCAAAAACAAAUGCAAGAGCCUUGCAAGUGUAAGCUUAAAUGCUUUGAAAAAAUACCCAGCGACAGGAGACAGUGGCAGUGCUUUGACAUAGCUCGAAGAGUCGAUAGCCCAGACAUAGAUGUUGACGUCGAAGAACGACUGUGGCGUCAAACUAAAAAAGCUAUCGACCAGUGUGAUUUUUUCUUUAUAAUCGUAGACGUAAAGCUGGAACAAAGGACACAGAGAUAUAGAAAUUAAAUGUCGAAGAAAAAGCAAAAGAAGAUCGAUAGUGCCUACUAUGUCUCCUUGAUCGAGAGGAUCACAACUCUACAUGGCACCAGCCACUUCACCUCGCGAACUGGAAGGUCUCUGCUAAUAUGGACCCUGGCUGUGUUCGGCAACGUGAUGUUAACCAUCGCCUUCAUCAUCGUCAUAAGACAGAAGUUUAAUGAAAACCAAAUUGUUACUGUGAUCAACGCGAACUGCAAAGUGAACCAGGUUCCGUUCCCGGCAGUCAGCAUCUGCAACUAUAACAUGGUGUCUGCGAGGGAAUCACAAAAUAUUGCCAAACUUCUGAGACAAUACAAGAAGCCCGAAGAAGAAAUCAUAGAAUUUUUCAACGCCCUACCGUCUCUGAAGAACUAUGGCAAGUCGAGUAGAGGUCUUGGAAACUUCUCGGACAUUAUGAACAUAUUGAAACACCAUGUCUUUACUGUGGACACUAUCAUGGAAGAGGUCCAUCAAAAGUGUGAAAAUUUGAUCCUCUACUGCACAUUUAAUCGGAAGCCAAAGGAUUGUCAGGACAUGUUCUCCCUGGUCAAGACUUAUGAAGGUCAUUGCUGCACCUUCAACUAUGCUGCUCUUAAUGAUGCCAGUGAAAUACCCCUGCUUCCAUCAGAACCAGAUCCUGAUUUGGAAUACUAUGACGAUCAGAAUCCUGAUGGUGGAAUAUCUACGAACCCAACUAUAAUAGCUACUUCAGAAUCCGGCAGAGGUUCAGGUUUAAGUGUGGUGCUCAAUAUAGAACCCAACGACUACCCAAGCUGGUCUCCAGUACCCUAUUAUGGCGUGAAGGUUCUUUUAAGCGAUCCAAACGACUAUCCAGAAACCACGGUCCUCUACCGAUAUGUAACCUUUGGGGAGUCAGUGGACAUCAAAGUGGAACCGAUGGUCUUCCAGAGCGACUCCAAUGUGCGAAGAGUGGAGCCUCAGUACAGGGGCUGUUGGUUCCAUGAUGAAGUGCUUCUCAGUCAUACUAACCGAUAUAGUUACGAAACCUGUGUUACUGAAUGCAAGAUGAGGAACUAUAUUAAUGCUUGCCACUGUGUGCCUUAUAAAUAUCCGAGAGAAAAAUCGUUGAGAAUCUGUGAUUUUGAAGACCUGAAGUGCUUGAACAACGUAACAGUACACAAAUCUACGAAGGAAAUGAAGUGUGAUCCUAUUUGCUACAUGGAAUGCCGCGACAAGAAGUAUACAGCUACCAGCGACCUGACUCCGUUCCUGCCUGACAACUUUCCCGUGGAAGUCACAGCUGGUAGGAACGUGAGCGAGCUGGCAGCUCUCCAAGUCUACUUCAGCAAAUCAAACUGCAACUGCUACAAGUUGACUCUACUGAUUGACCUAAGCUACUUUGUCGGUAUGUAUGCCAUACUUUAA